AUGGCUACCUUCCCCGUGAUCACCGUCUGCACCGUCGGACAACUUGGCUUCUGGAAGUCGUCCCUCGAAGAAAUCAAGGAGACGUACCCACUCAUCCGCGCCAAUGCACCUCGUCGCUCUCCCACCUUUCUCCCGCCACCCCUACCCGUGAAGGAGAAGGUGGACGAAAUUUACCGCUUCCAGUGGGCCGUCGACGAGUGCAUCGUCUUCCUCCGCGAGUACGCCACUAAUGGAGAGGAACUGAUGGUGCUGCGAGUCAUCGAGUGGCUAGCUGCAGCUCAGCGCAACGACACCGGCCGUAUCCAGCGAGCAAUUUGGACUAUCGACCCCGACCGCUUCCGCCGAGAGAUGCGGGAGGGCCAUACUCAUGGUAGCAGCGGACAGGCUAUUCAGGGCCCUGAUGGUGGUUCCAACGCUGGUGGUGAUGCUGGCGGCAAUGUCGGUGGCAACUGA